AUGGAUUAUUCUACUAAUUUUACAUAUUUAAUUCUGGGAGGACAUGUGGAUUUACAGCACUACAAAUAUGUUUAUUUUAUGAUUACUUUGAAAGUCUACAUAAUGAUUAUCUGCUUUAAUAUGGUUAUCAUUUCUGUUAUAUACAGAAACAAAUGUCUUCAUGAGCCCAUGUAUAUUUUCAUUGCUGCUUUGCUCAUUAAUGCUCUCUUUGGAGCGACUUCUCUUUAUCCUAAACUACUCACUGAUUUACUGUCUGAAAAACAAAUCACUUCUUAUGAACUGUGUUUAGUUCAGGCAUUUUGCAUGUACACAUAUGCUUCAGCAGAGUUUGCGCUGUUAUCAGCUAUGGCCUAUGACAGAUAUGUGUCCAUCUGUAAACCAUUACAUUAUGCAACUCUUGUAAAAAUGCACAUUGUCAGAAAGCUCAUAUUUUUUUCAUGGUUUUUGCCUUGUUGUACAAUUGGUACUGUAACUGUACUAGCAUCCCAAGUUCAGAUGUGUAAAUUUAAAUUAAAUAAAAUAUAUUGUGAUAUUUAUUCAAUUGUGAAAUUAAGCUGUAAAGAAACAUCUCUUAAUAACAUAUAUGGACUUUUUAUUUUCAGCAUUACUGUAUUUCCUCCGGUGAUCUUCAUAAUCUACUCAUAUAUCAGGAUCCUCUCUGUGUGUUUAAAGAAUUCUAAAAAUGUCAGAAGAAAAGCUCUACAGACCUGUUUACCACAUCUAUUCAUUUUCAUAAUUUUUUCUGUCAAUAUUUCUUUUGAAAUUAUUAAUAACAGAUUAGAAUCAAAACAAAUUCCCCACAUUAUUGCAACGAUCCUUUCAGUUGACUAUGUACUCAUUCCUCCUUUAUUCAAUCCCAUAAUAUAUGGAAUCAAAAUGCAGGAGAUUUUUAUUAGUAUUAGAAGGCUGAUUUCAUGGAAAAAGAGGACUCAGAUUUCUUUUUAG